AGCAACGGUGAAGAUGAAUAAUGAGUGAGGCAAUCCAAUGGUGAGAAAGGUGUCCGUGAAAGCAGAGACUUAUCGAGAAACAACGGCACAGAAGGUUCCACGUGGGAAGCAGAUAAAGGAAUAUUAAGCAGAGAGAUCCAACGGACACUGCUAGUGAAGGCAGAAGAAGAAGAUUCCUGGAUUGAUUGUGAAGAUGGCUGAGUCGGACAACGACUCGGGAGGGGCGCAGAACGCGGGAAACAGUGGAAACUUGAGCGAGUUGUCGCCUCGGGAACAGGACCGGUUUCUCCCCAUAGCGAACGUGAGCAGGAUCAUGAAGAAGGCCUUGCCGGCGAACGCGAAGAUCUCGAAGGACGCGAAGGAGACGGUGCAGGAAUGCGUGUCGGAGUUCAUCAGCUUCAUAACGGGUGAGGCGUCGGACAAGUGCCAGAGGGAGAAGCGCAAGACCAUCAACGGCGACGAUCUUCUCUGGGCCAUGACAACCCUGGGAUUCGAAGAGUACGUGGAGCCUCUGAAGAUUUACCUCCAGCGCUUCCGCGAGAUGGAGGGAGAGAAGACCGUGGCCGCCCGCGACUCUUCUAAGGACUCGGCCUCCGCCUCCUCCUAUCAUCAGGGACACGUGUACGGCUCCCCUGCCUACCAUCAUCAAGUGCCUGGGCCCACUUAUCCUGCCCCUGGUAGACCCAGAUGACGUGCUCCUCUAUUCGCCACUCCCUAGACUUUUUAUAUUAUAUUAUUUAAUUAAACUCUCUUCUCCACUCAACCUUUGCAAGAUCACUGGGUUGGUUAGUCUUGUUACUUGUUACUGUUUCUCUCUAUCAUACCUAUACUCACUCUUCCUCCUCAUCUAUUAUUUACAUCCAAUGCAAAUUCUCAAAUAUUCCUUUUUCUUCCCC